AUUCUAUCGUGACAUCAAGGCAGUGAUUUUGAUUCGUUCGAUCAGCAAUCGUGGGCCAACCAGUGCUAAUCUACAUAUCACGCGCUAGUUCAUUUGGCUCCAACGAAUGCCAGUGUAUGAUAUUUUAACGUGUCCAUUAAAGUGAUAAAGAAGAUAAAAAAGCUUAUCUUACAAAUGAUAGCUAAAUGAUUCAAGGAAAGUGAGCUUUUUUUCCAAGACGGCGUGAAACGAGCAGGAUAAUAUGAGAGUCUUCCAUCGACCCUUUCUGGGUCUUCUGGUGUUGUGCUUAUUUGGCAGCUCCAGGCUGAAAGCUCAAAAGACCGACGACGCUGGCGUAGGAAUUGGCGAUCGGCUGAUGAGUCAUGUAGAAAAACAGCGCUACGAUGGCUGGUACAAUAAUCUGGCACAUCCCGAUUGGGGAGCAGUUGAUAACCAUCUCACCAGGAAGGCGCCCCCUGCCUAUUCGGAUGGCGUCUAUGCCCUGGCCGGCUCGAAUCGACCAUCACCGCGCAAAUUGAGCCGGCUGUUUAUGCGUGGGAAGGAUGGGCUGCCCUCGAAGUUCAACCGCACGGCCAUGUUGGCCUUUUUCGGCCAGGUUGUGACCAACGAGAUUGUGAUGGCGUCGGAAUCGGGCUGCCCAAUCGAGAUGCAUCGGAUCGAGAUCGAAAAGUGCGAUGAAAUGUACGAUCGCGAAUGUCGCGGGGAUCGAUACAUUCCAUUUCACCGGGCGGCGUACGAUCGAAACACCGGUCAAAGCCCAAAUGCCCCCCGGGAGCAGAUCAAUCAGAUGACGUCGUGGAUCGACGGGAGCUUCAUCUACAGUACCUCGGAGGCGUGGCUGAACGCCAUGAGGGCCUUCCAGGACGGUUUGCUGCUAACGGACAAAGAAGGCACGAUGCCGGUGAAGAACACGAUGCGGGUACCGCUGUUCAACAAUCCGGUGCCGCACGUUAUGCGAAUGCUGAGCCCCGAGCGACUCUACCUUCUUGGCGAUCCUCGCACGAACCAGAAUCCGGCGCUGCUAUCGUUCGCCAUUCUGUUCUUGCGAUGGCACAACGUUGUGGCCAAGCGAGUCCGAAAACAACAUCGGGACUGGAGCGACGAAGAGAUAUUCCAGCGUGCUCGACGAGUUGUGAUCGCAAGUCUGCAAAACGUCAUUGCCUACGAGUAUUUGCCUUCGUUCCUGGACAGCGAACUUCCUCCGUAUAAGAACUACAAUUCCGAUACGCAUCCCGGUGUGAGCCACAUGUUCCAGGCAGCGGCCUUCCGAUUUGGACACUCUCUUAUUCCUCCGGGUUUGUUCAGACGAAAUGGAGAGUGUGACUUCCGACGGACGAAUACUGACUUCCCGGCUUUGAGGCUCUGUUCGACCUGGUGGAAUUCGAAUGAUGUUUUGGAUGAUACCCCGAUCGAGGAGUUCCUGAUGGGGAUGGCUUCGCAGAUUGCCGAACGGGAAGAUCCGCUGCUCUGUUCCGAUGUCCGGGAUAAGCUGUUCGGUCCAAUGGAAUUCACCCGGCGGGAUCUGGGGGCGCUGAACAUCAUGCGAGGUCGCGACAACGGACUGCCCGAUUACAACACAGCAAGAGUGGCCUACAAACUACCAAAGAAAAAAACGUGGCGUGAAAUCAACCCAGAUGUGUUCGAACGGCAGCCGGAGCUGUUGGAAUUGUUGAUAAAAACAUACGAUAAUAAAUUGGACAACGUGGAUGUCUAUGUCGGGGGGAUGCUGGAAUCGGAUGGCAAACCGGGUGAACUCUUUACUGCAGUUAUCCUGGACCAGUUCAGUCGGAUCCGAGAUGCCGAUCGUUUCUGGUUUGAAAAUGAAGACAAUGGCAUUUUCUCCAAGGAAGAAAUCGCUGAGCUGCGCAAGAUCACCAUGUGGGACAUCAUCGUGAACAGUACGGAUAUUGAGGCAGAAGAAAUCCAGAAGGAUGUUUUCCACUGGAGCGAAGGUGACCCUUGUCCACAGCCGGAACAGCUGAAUGCUACCCAUCUGGAACCUUGCAACUACCUGGAGGGUUACGAUUACUUUUCGGGAUCGGAACUGGCCUACAUCUAUUCGUGUGUAUUUUUGGGCUUCGUCCCAAUCCUUUGCGCUGGAGCAGGGUAUUGCGUGAUAAAGUUGCAAAACAGUCGUCGGCGGAAGUUAAAGAUCAAACAGGAAGCGCUGAAGAACAGUGGAAAUGGAAAAGGCUCAGUAGAAAAGAUGGUUGCCCGCGAGUGGCUUCAUGCGAAUCACAAACGGCUGGUGACGGUCAAGUUCGGACCGGAAGCAGCCAUCUAUACGGUUGAUCGGAAGGGUGAAAAACUUCGGACAUUUAGUUUGAAGAAUAUUGAAGUCGUCAACGUUGAGCAAUCCCAGGAAAACUAUAAGAAGAAAAAGCCAUACAUUUUGCUGCGUGUGCCGAACGAUCAUGAUCUGGUACUUGAGUUGGAGUCUAAUUCAGCUCGGCGGAAAUUCGUCAAAAAGCUAGAAGAUUUCUUGUUGUUGCACAAAAAGGACAUGACUAUUGCGGAUGUUCAGCGAGAUAUCAUGCUGGCUAAGGCCGAAACGCGUGAAAGGCGUCAAAAACGUUUGGAACACUUCUUCCGGGAAGCUUAUGCUCUGACGUUUGGUCUGAGACCCGGUGAACGACGUCGAAGGUCGGAUGCUUCCGUCGAUGGUGAGGUUAUGACCGUUAUGAGAACUAGUCUGUCAAAAUCGGAAUUCGCUGCGGCACUGGGAAUGAAACCCGACGAUAUGUUUGUACGGAAGAUGUUCAACAUUGUUGAUAAGGAUCAGGAUGGUCGGAUUUCUUUCCAGGAAUUCCUUGAAACUGUGGUGCUGUUCUCGCGGGGUAAAACCGACGACAAGCUGCGAAUCAUAUUCGACAUGUGUGACAACGAUCGGAACGGGGUAAUUGACAAAGGCGAGCUGAGUGAGAUGAUGCGAUCUCUAGUGGAAAUUGCCCGUACUACAAGUGUCACCGAUAGUCAAGUCAAGGAGCUGAUCGACGGAAUGUUUCAGGACGUUGGCUUGGAGCACAAGAACCACCUAACCUAUCAAGAUUUCAAACUGAUGAUGAAGGAGUACAAGGGAGACUUUGUGGCGAUCGGUCUGGACUGCAAGGGAGCGAAACAAAAUUUCCUUGAUACUUCCACCAAUGUGGCUCGGAUGACUUCGUUCCACAUCGAGCCGGCAGGCGAUACCAGGCGCAACUGGUUGCAGGGCAAGAUUGAUUGCUACACCACGUUCUUGGAGGAAAAUCGUCAGAACAUUUUCUAUCUGUUUCUGUUUUACGUCAUAACAAUAAUGCUGUUUGUCGAGCGUUUUAUUCAUUACUCCUUCAUGGCUGAGCACACGGAUUUGAGGCACAUUAUGGGAGUUGGAAUAGCCAUUACGCGUGGAUCUGCUGCCUCGCUAUCGUUCUGCUACUCACUACUUUUGCUCACCAUGUCAAGAAAUCUCAUCACCAAGCUGAAGGAAUUCCCCAUCCAGCAGUACAUCCCGCUGGACUCACACAUACAGUUCCACAAAAUUGCAGCAUGCACGGCCCUUUUCUUCUCGCUGCUACAUACAGUUGGUCACAUUGUGAACUUUUACCACGUUUCAACGCAAUCGAUCGAAAACCUGAAGUGCCUCACCAAGGAAGUUCACUUCACGUCGGAUUAUCGACCGGAUAUUACGUACUGGCUGUUCCAAACCGUUACAGGUGUUACCGGUGUUAUGUUGUUCUGUAUAAUGUGCAUAAUAUUUGCGUUCGCCCACCCAACGAUUCGUAAGAAGGCUUAUAAGUUCUUUUGGAAUGCUCACUCGCUGUAUGUGCUACUCUACGCCCUGUGUCUGAUCCAUGGCUUGGCCCGACUCACCGGUGCUCCCCGAUUCUGGCUUUUCUUCAUUGGACCCGGAAUAGUUUACACGCUGGACAAAAUUGUAUCACUGCGAACCAAGUAUCUAGCGCUGGACGUCAUUGAGACGGAUCUGUUGCCAUCGGACGUGAUCAAGAUCAAGUUCUACCGGCCACCGAAUCUAAAAUAUCUGUCCGGUCAAUGGGUUCGGUUGUCCUGUACCGAGAUCAAACCGGAGGAAAUGCAUAGCUUCACCCUUACAUCGGCACCGCAUGAAAACUUCCUCAGUUGUCACAUCAAAGCACAGGGACCGUGGACUUGGAAGUUGAGAAACUAUUUCGACCCGUGCAACUACAACCCCGAUGAUCAGCCAAAGAUCCGGAUCGAAGGACCAUUUGGCGGUGGAAAUCAGGACUGGUAUAAGUUCGAGGUGGCCGUUAUGGUUGGCGGAGGUAUUGGAGUUACUCCUUAUGCAUCGAUCUUGAAUGAUUUGGUUUUCGGAACUAGCACGAAUCGUUAUUCUGGAGUGGCAUGUAAGAAGGUAUACUUCCUUUGGAUUUGCCCAUCGCACAAGCAUUUCGAAUGGUUCAUAGAUGUCCUCAGGGAUGUUGAGAAGAAGGACGUUACCAAUGUGCUGGAGAUCCACAUCUUCAUCACACAGUUCUUUCAUAAAUUCGACCUUCGAACUACUAUGUUGUACAUUUGCGAGAACCACUUCCAGCGGUUAUCCAAAACAUCGAUGUUCACUGGCUUGAAAGCCGUGAACCAUUUCGGGCGACCAGACAUGUCCAGUUUUCUCAAGUUCGUGCAGAAGAAGCAUUCCUAUGUUUCCAAGAUAGGAGUGUUCUCGUGCGGACCGCGACCUCUAACCAAAAGCGUUAUGUCGGCAUGUGACGAAGUCAACAAGGGUCGAAAGUUGCCAUACUUCAUUCAUCACUUUGAGAACUUUGGUUGAGAUGCUGCCACCACCCAGUGCCAGUGGCUAUAGAAGAAAGAGUACCAGAACAGUUUUGCUCACUUAGGAAUCUGUUUUAUUUUUUGUUUUUUUUUUUCUGUUCGUCUAAUAAUUUUAUACUUGUUUAGCAUCGAGUGAAAGCAAAACCAACAAUCCCUAGGAUAGUUGUUUGCCCAUUUGUUAAAGAUCAGUCCCCAAACCGAUGAAUCUAAGAGCUUAGUGCUCAAUCGGUUUCAUGAACAUGUUUGUGCAAAAAGUAUUAGCUCAAGUGCCUAAAAGGUUCUAAUCAAUCAUAGAGCAUUUGCAUACAUUAUAGGUUUCGAUUGCUUUUGAUCGAACCCCUCUUGGAUCUUGUAGGUAGUGCGUAAAAAUAUUCCAAUUUGUUCAUCAAUGCCCCAGUGCAUGAAACGAUUAUUUGUUAGGAAAGAAACGUGAGUGAUAUUACCAUUUAAUUCGUCAGAAUUCGAUUAUGUCAUCAUUUUUUGUUAGUGUAAAACAAAAGUAUCGUGAGCUGAUCAGCUGCAUUGAUUUUUUAGCGUGUAAGACUCUUGAGUGGAAAAAGUCAGCCCGCCGAAGGCGAGGACACAAAACUGCCCGAUUUCAUAGAAAAAAACACAGACACAAGAAACAACGAAUCUGCCCCUCUUCCAGAACCCGAUUAUUCCGGUAUCGGAGCUUGCGAAUUUCAUUGCCAGAACACACUGCUGCUUUACUCUACUGUUAUUUUAACCAGCUAAAUCCACACUUACUAUAUGCAUUGCCCCAUUGCCUUGUCUACACGCGAGCAACGAAGAUAUGCCUGAUGUCGUAACCUAACUAUUAAUAUGUUCUCUAGUUGUGUAAGUAAGCGCAAUUCUUUUUUUGUAUUUUUGUAUGAUCUGUAAAUAGAUGUCAUAUGUUCAGCCUGUAUUUAUUGUCAUCGCAGAAAUAAAUAGAUUAUUUGAAAACCUUA